AUGAAUCUAGCCGAAGUUAACCCCAUCAUCCCAGGUUUUGCGCCUGAUCCCUCCAUAGUGCGUGUUGGGGACUGGUUCUUUCUCGUUAAUUCUUCUUUUCAUUUGUUCCCGGCACUGCCCAUAUUUGCCUCUGACGAUCUGAAGUCAUGGAAACAUAUAGGAAACGCCAUUGACAGACCUGGUCAGAUAGAUCUCUUCAGAUCAUCGACAAGACUCUCACCACCAGCGCCGGAGACAGAUGGCAAGACGCUUCCUGCUACGGCAGGACUUUAUGCCCCGACAAUCCGACACCACUCGGGGACGUUCUACAUUGUCUGCACGAACGCUAGGUACGAUAAAGAAAAGAAGUCUGUGGACAAGGAGAACUUUCUCAUCUCGACAAACGAUAUAUGGGCUGGUAGAUGGAGCGAUCCCGUCCACUUCGACUUCAUUGGCAUCGACCCCGACAUUUUCUUCGAUCAAGAUGGUAAAAAGUACAUAACAGGCUCUGCAACUCCUGGCCCAUGGACUCGGAUCAACACCUUUGAAGUUGACGUUGUUACCGGCAAAAGACUGUCCGAGGAACGCACAAUCUGGACCGGCACGGGUGGCAUAUACCCAGAAGGGCCCCAUAUUUACAAGCGAGAUGGAUGGUAUUAUCUUCUCAUCGCCGAGGGUGGCACACACAUAACCCACAUGAUCACUAUGGCUCGAUCAAGAAACAUAUGGGGGCCCUACGAGCCGUGCCCGCAUAAUCCAGUCUUGACUGCCUAUGGAACUAACGAGUACGUCCAACACACUGGCCACGGCGACCUUUUCGAAGACCACAAUGGGAGUUGGUGGACUGUCUGUUUGGGUGUUCGAAAGGACAUGGAAGGCAGGUACGCGAUGGGCAGGGAAACAUUCUUGACUUCAGUCGACUGGACCAGCGAGUGGCCUAUAUUUGAGCCUGUGAAGUCAGUUCCCGGUUUAAUAAGAACAACAGCUGAGAGCUCUUUGACUUCUUCGACGCUUUCUGUUGACUGGGUUUACAUUCGCAACGCCAUCUUGAACAGAUACCAGUUCGCCGAGUCGGACACCACCGUCAAACUCAUUCCGUCGGCCGUGGAACUUUCGAACCGACAGGAAUCACCCACCUUCGUCGGCAAGAGGCAACGAAGGCUGCAAGGGAAAAGUAGUGCAACAGUUGCGGGGAUUUCAGAAGACUGGGCAACAACAGGUGUGAACUGUGGACUGGCAUACUACAAGGAUGAACACCGAUACUUUCGCCUCUUUUUUGAUGCUUCAAAAUCUACGAUGGUGUUCCAACAGAAGAACACUGCACAAGAGAUUGAUGAGAGAAAAGAACACAAACUUGAGAGCUUUCCUUCUGGGAUUUCCAUCACGAUGGCCUAUACGGAGCAAGAAUUCAAGCUGUUCUACACGGUAGAUCCUUCUACUGAAAGGCUUCCAUCGGAAAUUGCCGCUGUCGAUACGUUAGAAAUGACGGAUCCAGAUUUUGUCGGACCAUUAAUCGGUGUAUUUGCGACCGCAGCAUCAGAUGAGCACCCGGUUACAUUCGAGGCAAUUGAUCUAUAA